UCAAAAUAGCCAUAUUUGUCCUGAAACCUGUCACGCCCAAGCGGUCUAGGAAAUCGUGCACGUCUUCCCCUUCAUUUUCACCUCCCACCCAAUUGAAUCGAAUCGAAUCGAAUCGGAUCGGAUCGGAUCAUACAAACACGCUUCAGCAAUGUCAACGGAAUCAUCACCGCAUGUCGCCAGGGGGAACAACACCACGUUCUCGAGCGCUAAUCUCAACGCACAGUCGGACACCGGCACCACUCCUGCUCGAGGACCUCGCAAGCCCCAUGAGCACAUUCGGACCUCGGACGAGGAGCUCAAGACGUUCAACAAGAACUACUACGCCAAAGCUCAGUCCCAGUAUAUGGAUCCCUGUCGAGAGCAGACAAAGGCUUCCAUGAAGUGCAUGGAUGAGAACAAUUAUGAUAAGCGACGGUGCACACGGUUCUUCAAGGACUACGCGGACUGCAAAAAGAAAUGGAUGGAGUCAUUGCGUGAGGAACGCCGAAAGAGGAACCUCGGAAUCGUAGACGAUGACGAGGUAUCAGGGAUAAAGAUGGACACAGCACCCACGGACAAACCAUCCUCAUAAUCGGCUUCGAAUCCAAACAUCUCCAACAAUAAACAUGUCGGCUGUCUGAUUCCAGCUCUAUGUAUAUAUGAUGUAUUGAUUGGGUUACAUUGUGCGCACUGUCAAUGCGAAAGAAGACAAGAAAAGAGAUGCUCUAAUAUUACGAUGUUGCCGAACGAAGAACGAAAAAAAAAAAAAAAAGAAGAAAAAAAAGAUAACUAUGAUGCCC